AUGCUUUUGCCUUCGUUUUCACUUCACACUAUUGAGUCCAUUGCAUGUUUUUUCCCUCUUUCAGGGUCUCUUGUUCUUGAUCAAAAAGACAAAGCGGAUCUGCUUCCCACUCCAUCCUCUGACAGUACUUCUUCAACUCCGGCUCCUUCGGCCAAUGCAUUAUCAAAUCCCAGUGACAACUUCAUCGACCGAGCCUACUUUUCAGCUCCAGCCGACUCAGAAGCCUCUGAUCCUCAUUCGGCUUCACUUCUAGCGCGAGCCUCUUCAGGAAUUCAGUAUGAAAAGCAUCAGACCCGACCAAUUUCACAUUCACCCCAUCCUGCCAGCUCGCCGCCCCCCAUUCGCGCUUCUUCCUCCGAGCCCACCUCCACAAUCAAGUGCCCCUCCCCCAUAAUCUUCAGACCAACCCCUCGCCAAACCUCUCCUGUUAUAGUUAAUAAGACGUACAAGCCUUCAACUCCCCAAAUCCCUCGUACGGCGGCAGACGUCAGACGGCAGGUGCGCGAGGCUCUUGGAUACAAAGGUGAACCUGAUCCGUAUUCAUUUCUUGUGAUUGCAAUUUCGACUUUUUUUGUAUAA